UUUUUUUUCUCGAAAAUUUGAGUUUUGUUUACAAACAACGGCAUCAGCGGGAAGACCUGACAUUUCAAGCCUUUUGAGAGAGACUAGGCUGGCCAAGGAACCUCAAUAAGGCAGCCAAGAUGGACUUGGAGAGCGGCAUUCCCUCCCUGGAUGCCCUGCCCCUCAUGGAUGAGGAUGACAUGAUGGAGGCUAUAAGGCUGCUGUCCAUAAAGAGAGACCAGUUGCUCAACAAAAUAGAGACCAAGAGCAUGGAAGCCGAUGCGUGGGUUUUAGUCCUCAAUGCAACCGUCUCAGAGCUGGAGGUCCUUGCCGAGUCACUGCCGUAUACUGUUCAAGCCUCGCCCAAAGAACACAGCCUGCUUCAAGAGUACCAGAAGCAUACUACAGAGGCCCAAGCUGCUCUUUUCUUUGGGGCCCGUAGGAGUGAUGUGUCGAGAAAAAUUUUCAAAAUUUUUAUUAUAUUCACGCCACCGCCAGGGAGGAAAUACCCCAAAACCCUGAAACUUUCGCUCACUCCCAAAGAGAAUAAGACCUACAGGUAUGGCUUCCUAAACAUUAAGUUGCUCAAAAUAGAAAGAAAAAUUGUGUCCCAUCACUCUUAUCAACUUAAUAGACAUCACAUAAAACAUGGUAAAGAUGGUGUCCGAAAGUUUGUCACUGCCCUGUCCCAGUACACGAGAGAAGCCCAAAAAUGGUUUUUUCUUUACGAAUUUCACACCAACAGUGACUGUACAUUAGUGUCACUGUUGAUUGAAGUAGCUGCGGAGGCUGAAGCUGGGAAGUCCCGGUUUGAAUUUGUGCUGGAGUACAGUCUUUUGGAGAUCUACCCUCAUGAGGUCAAAGUCAGGUUUGUUGAUGGUGUUGAGACAGGAAAGGAAAUAAAGGAGCAACUUCAGGAAGCGAGCAUAGAUAUGAAGACCAGGCCCUUCCCUGACGUCAUCUGUUCAAUGUUUGUUGAACCGGAGUCAUCGGACAGCCGAGAAGAGGAGGAGGAUGACACCUCUGGCAGCACAGUCCUCUUUGACUUUAAAUAAGAAUUGGGAAUGUUUUGCCUAGAAUGCUGUUACUAUUUUUAACGUUUGGGCUUUUAGUGAAUUUUGAUUUAUCAAUGUCUGAAGCAGUUUGAAUUGUAUAGGAAGUGGGAAUUUUUACACUUCAUUUUUGUUCCUAAUAUUUACUUUUUUCUUUCCUGUUUUGCUUUUUAGUUUGUUUUUUUUUUCUUCUUUUU